AUGGUGAAUUUGGUGCACAACGUCCAGAAGAAACAGCACAGGGAGCGAUCUCAGCCCAACGAGCGUAAGAGAUGGGGGCUUCUAGAGAAGAAGAAGGACUACAAGCUCAGAGCAGCAGACUAUCACAAGAAACAGGAUGCUUUGAAGAAACUACGCACAAAGGCAUCGCUCAGAAAUCCUGAUGAGUAUUACCACUCGAUGACACGAAAGAGGGCCGACGAUAAUGGUGUUUUGAUUGCCUCUAGGGGGAAUGAUGUCUUGGAUGUUGACCAGGCAAAGUUGCUUAAAACCCAGGACUCAAACUAUAUCAACGUCAUGAGAUUGAAAGAAUUGAAAAAAAUUGAAAAGUUCAAAGAUUCUCCAUUAUUGUUUAUGAAUGAUACCUCGAAACUAUCCAAACACACUGUUUUUGUAGAUAAUAAGUCUGACCAAAUUAAAUUCAAUCCAACGAAGUAUUUCAAGACGCACAAAAGUCUAUUGAACUCAUCCAAUAGAUUGACUCUUGAUCAAGUUGACAAUAUUAAGAACUCUCUAAAUUACAACGAUGCUAUCAAUAACGAUAGCAGUAAUGGUAUUCUCGAACUCUCUAAUUCUCAAAUAAGAAAAUUAAACAAAAAAAAAUUGAAACAGUUAAAACUGCAUCGAAAGAGAAUACAAAAUGAGAAGAAACUAAGACAAGUCCAAUUAACUUUAGAUUUAUCCAGAGAGGUUAUGAAAAACGGAAACAAAAAAAAAUUAACAAAAAAUAGUGGAAAUAAAGUAUUUAAAUGGAAAAAAGAGCGCAAACGUUAA